AUGGGGGUGGCUCCUCCUGCUGAUGCUGAUGCUGCUGCUACUGCCUCUGCUUCUGCUUCUGCUGCAUGUAGGAGGCCAGGACGGGGAAUCGUGAAUGCCAUCCUCUUCCUUCUUUGGACAUAUUGCACCGAACAAGAGGGAGGGCUGAUGGGGCUUGUCAUGAUGAUGGAGAUUCCAAAUGGUUAUUGGGGUGAGAAGCAUGGUAGGGAAGCCGAAGGGGGUUUCGAGGCCACAUGGCCGCCAUGUUCUGCUCCUGGUAGUGUGUCGCACAGGGGCGAUGUCGAUGUGGAGGGAUACUACCUCGUACAUGGAGCAUCACUCGAUUCAGCCGUCUACGCUUUAGCCAAACUUCAAACUUCAGACUCGGAUCCGAACCGAGUCGCCCAGCCGACAUUGGACGUAGCGGUGCGGAUCGCAUGGGGAGGCCCUCGAGGGGCCAAUUUUGUUUCAAGUUUGCAACUCGACAUGCCCGGUACCGACCCUGUAUGGCGUAGUGCGGUGCAGGCCCGGGCGAGCAGGGCAGCAUGGAUAACGGUGCACUUUCCAGGGAACGACGCCAAGCGUUCUUUUGGUGAUGCGACAGGGCCAGAGGGUGGCUCAGCGCGCCUGUCACGCCCUACGAACACCCUCGAGAGAACCGACCCCAUUCGGGCUCUCUCCCCGAGCGAACAGCAUCUCAUGAUUGCUCGACUGCCGCCGGCGACAGGCCCUCUCCAUCUUACCUGCCCUCUCACGAGUCCCGAGUGUGUCGCUGGAAGAAGUCCAUCGAGGGAGGCCGUGGACGAACUGCUCCACGCGGGAACGGGCCACGCUCGUGCUUCAGAGUAG